AUGUCCGGCUCCUCUAGGCCUCACACCCCAACCUUCCGCUUCCACGGAGCUACUGGCCCAGAUCCCCAGCUAGUUCUGAUCGACGCCUCUCGCCCUUUGCCCGAUCCCGUCCAAGGACGCCCGGAGCACGACCAGCCAGCCCGCGCUCUCACUCUCAAGAUCUUUCAGGCUUCUCCUUCAGGCGAGCCGGAACAGCCCCCGGAAGCUCCCCGGAACGGCUUUGUGCUGUCGGCCGCCUCUACCUCGGACCAGCAGCAGCCCCCAGACUUUUCCCUACGCAUUCUCCAUAACGUGACGCCCUUACCUUCUCGUGAACCGUCUCCCCAGCCGGCUGAGAGCUCUGCCGUCGUCCUUCGCCCUCACUCUCGACACCAGAGUCGCACCUCUGACCUCUCCAUUCUUUCGAUCGAGAGCGAGAAUCCGCCUUCAUAUGAUGUUCGUAGCGAGGGAGUCCCGGCACACGAGUUCUUCACGGCCCAGUUCCAGUCGUCGCUUCGGGAAGGACUGGAGAUUGCAAAGGACACACUCCGGGAGCUGGAGAGAUUGGGUGACCAUGUGCGGGACGAUGCAGACUUGAAGAAGCUCUUGGACGAAGCCUAUCAGCUGUCCGCCUUUGAAGGGUCGGAUACCAAAACGAUCGCUGUGCUGGGUGACUCGGGCGAAGGGAAGAGCAGUCUCAUCAAUUCCCUGCUGGACUUCCCUGGGAUUGCCAAAACCGGAGAUAUCGGCUCGGCAUGCACGUCCGUGGUCACGGAAUACAGGCAGAAAACCCGCGAGCAUACCGCGCCCAUCACGAUCGAGGUCGAGCAUUUGUCCGCACAAGCCAUCGAAGAUGUCAUCGGCGAGCUAGUGUGGAAUUAUCGCCAGCUGUACCUCCCGAGGAUUGUCGCUGAAGGCCCCUCGGGAACGGACUACCCCCGGUGCCAGCGGGAGUCGGACCAAGCCUGGUCAGCCUUGGAGGCCGCGUUUGGCCAUCACUCAGGUUUCACGGAGGAAAUGCUGCAGGAUCAGUCCGACGGCGCGCUGGAAAGCGUCACGGCGCGGCUGGUCGCGUGGUCGCGCGAGAUUGAGUGGCCCGGCGGGGCUGCCGACGGAUUCUGGCGGUCGACCGCGAAUACCGCAGAGGAAUGCGUCGAGCAGACGUCCGUCUUCAUGCAGGACCGGUAUUGGCCGUUCACAAAGAUCAUUCGCGUUUACCUGAACGCGCAGGUGCUCAAGACGGGCGUUGAUACGAACCUUGCCCGGGUGCGCGCGACACACGAUUAUCUGCUCCGGUGCAACCACAUCCUUAUCGUGGCCAAGAUCUCGCGGGCCAUCACAGAUGCCUCCCUGAAGUCGUCGCUAUUUUCGGUCCUAUCGCGCCACGUGCCCCUGGAGUGGGAGGAGACCGGGGCGAGCAGCUUGAAGAUCGCGGUAGUGUGCACCGGGGCCGAGGACAUCGAUAUGCCAGCCGCAAGACGCGAGUUCUGCGGACCCGGUAAACACAUCUCCGCCGCCGUCAUGCAAACCCUCGACGCCCAAAUCGACGACGCCAAAGCAGCAGACAACAGGCCGCUCAAGAAGGCCCUCAAGCAAAAGUAA